AUGCCUUCCUUCCUUGCUCUUGCUCUUGGUGCACUACCAGCUGUGUUCGCAGCGACAUUCGACGUUAGCGUCGGCGCUGGUGGUCAGCUAGCUUACGACCCGCCUUUCGUUAACGCGGCCCCUGGUGACGUAGUCAACUUUGUCUUUCACCCAAAGAACCACACGGUUACCCAGUCGUCGUUCGAUACUCCUUGUGUUGCUUUAGAUGGUGGCAAGCGUUCCGGAUUCAUGCCGGUGGCUGCUGAAACCGAUGGGUUGCCGACGUUCCAAUUCCAAGUUGUAGACACGACACCCGCCUGGUUUUAUUGCGGACAAACAGGGCACUGUGGUCAAGGAAUGGUGUUUGCUGUCAACCCGCCUGCUGAGCCUAGUCCACGUUCAUUCACUGCCUUCCGCGACCUUGCUAUUGCUACAAACGGCACCGCAAGCUCUUCAGCAGCAGCCAGCUCUACGGCCUCCAGUUCUGCGGCCACUGACGGAUAUGUCACCCCUCCUGCUCCACAUUUCGAGACCGUCACGGUUACAGUAACUUUGCCCUCUUCGACCUACACCACUGUUUACAACAGCUACGACGGGACACCCCCACCGACGCCAGCUCCCCAACCUCAGGACCAUAAGAUCACUGUUGGCGCAGAUGGCCAGCUCGUCUACUCCCCGGCCAAUAUCCAAGCUGCCAUCGGUGAUACCGUCACCUUCGAGUUCCGCCCCAAGAACCACACGGUCACCCAGUCAAAUUUCAACAACCCCUGCCAACCCUUGUUCGACACGACCGGAAAAGUUGGCUUCAGCUCUGGCUUCAUGCCCGUCUCACCAGACGCGACUCAAUUCCCAACUUUCCAGAUCAAGAUCAAUGAUACUGCUCCAAUUUGGGGGUACUGUGGACAGACUGGGCACUGUGGCUCCGGGAUGGUGUUCGCCAUCAACGCCGUCGAGUCAGGUCCCAACAACUUCGUGGCUUUCCAGGGCCUUGCGAAGAGGAUCAAUGGCACGUCGUCGUCCAGCUCGUCAGCGCCGGCGCCCACUUCUUCAGCGAAUCAGAACAACCAAAAUUCUGCAGCCGGCGCUCGUGCUAGCUUCGGAUACGCAAGCAGUUUGGUCCUGGCGAUGGUGGCCUUGGUAUCCCUUUGGUAA